UGGAGGCCCUCCCCCGGUCCUCCCUUUGCUCUCUGCAGCCUGCUGUACAUGAGCACCGGCAGAAGAACCCAGCACAUGAAGAAGAUUUGACUCUCUGCAAGGAUUGAAGUCUUUGAGCUCAGGGUUGAGAUUCCUAGCUUGAACCAUGUGGAACUUCUAUACGAUACAUAAUGAGACCCCCUACACAUUUCACUACUGUAGUAAGGGGAGAGAGGGUGUGCAUACAGUGCGUGGCAACAGCACAGGAGAGUACCUGCAUGCAUUACCACCAUUUUGGGGGCUCUCCUUUAGAUAUGGAGAUCACUCAGAAAGUGACCUCACUGGUGCAGGUGGUGGCGCUUCGUACACCAUAAGAGAGAGUAAAGACCACAAGGAAUUUGAACUGGUCCACAACAUGUUAGGUAGUGUUGUUGACCGUUGUCCUAACUUUGGCAGAAUUGAUGAAGAGAAACAAGAACGUGAGAAACGCCAACAAGAGGAGCGAUGCAGGAAACAAGAAGAAGAGAAAAGGCGUCAGGCAGAGCUUGAGCGACAGAGGAAGAUCCAAGAACAGAUGGAAAAGGAGAACGAAACAUUAAGAAAAAAGCUCAAUGAAGCACACAACAGGCUUCAGGAGGAGGAAAACCUCAAAACCUGGGAGCACCGUCAGCAGCACUCUCAAGUUCUACACCAGCUCUUGGAAGAUAAAGCACAUCACAUAGAGAGAGAUGAGGUCACUGAUGUUAAUGAGAAGUUUGAAAAACUUCUAUCAAAGUAUGACAUCAGAGAGGAUGAACAUUUACACAUCCAGCUGGAAGACAGGAUGAAGACUCUCCAAAAUAAGCUGACAUUACAAUAUUUUCAUGAGCACCCCCACUUCGUCCCCACUUCAUUACUGUGGGCUUUGGAUCAGACUACUGGAUAUGUGCUGCUGUCUCUGACUGAGAGGUUCAACAUCCUGGAGGCAGUGCUGAAGGUGACCUUAGAGGGUGACCCUGAUUUUGAAGAUCUCCUCCAAAAUGGACAAGACAAGAAGACAGAGUUCCUCCUCAGUUUGCAGGAACAGCUACAUGCUGAAAAUCCAACACUGGCCCAACAGGUGUUAGCAAAUGUUCUGGAUCUGUCCUCAAAGCUACCCCGAUCAGGUAAGGACAUUGUCAGUCAAAUAGUCUUCAACAACAUCUGGGCACCAAAAGACAUCAAGCUUUUCCUUGGAAAGACCUUAAGCAUGGAUCAGAAAACAGUCACAAAAAUCCUCCACAAAGCGUGCACGUACGGGCUGAGCUGUGACGACGCUCUCUCUGCCCUGAAUGAAGACGAUCCUGCAGAGUACAUCCAACAUUGUGUGGACAAAGCUGAGCGAGACAAAGAUGCUUACACACUUUUGGCUGAAAUGGAAAACAAAAACUUUCCAAAGUGUGUCCCGUCACUCCUGCGAGAAGUCCUGACAUAUAUUGAAGAAGAGCUACCCAAAUAUGGAAGUGUGCCCAUUAACAGGGAGAUGAUUGAAGACUGUAAAAAGAUAAUAACUGCUCUUGAUUUUGACGAUCCUAAGAUUGAUGCUCUGAAGAAAGUCCUGAUCAUCGUAUCCAGAGCUGUAAAGGAAUGCACCGCCUUUACCACUCAAAGCGGUGAACAUGUUCAGGGCUACUUCCCAAGACCCAGUCAGCUGGCCUCACUGCUGCUACUCCUGCUGCCACAGUCUAAGGAUAAGAAAGGUUGUCUGCUGGAAAUCAGCACUGGAGAGGGCAAAACUUGUAUUUUAGCCAUGUUUGCUACAAUACAGGCCACCCGAGGCAUAAAGGUGGACAUUGUGACAAGCUCUCCUUUGUUAGCAAGUCGUGAUCAGGAUAAGUGGAGAAAAUUAUAUGAUGUGUUUGGUAUUACAUCCUCCGCGGUGCCUCCACCACACAUCGAUAGCUGCUCUUUUAAAGAUCAUGACAAGCUGCUUGAGGAUGCAUACAGCCAGCAGGUCGUUUAUGGUACAGUUGGUACGUUUGCAGCAGAUACACUGAGGCAAGAGUUUGAGAAGAAGACUACCCGAGGUCCGAGGAGGUUUGAGUGUGUGGUAGCAGAUGAGGUGGACUACAUGACGUUGGACAGUGGUGUCCAGGUCACGUUCCUGUCACACCAAGCCGGCAGCCUAAGGCACAUGGAACAAGUCCUGGCAAGCAUCUGGGCCAUGAUGUCGUCCUGCAAGCCAAUAGAAAUGUUUGAAACGGGGGAGAUCAGGUGGGGAACCAGGAUCCAGCACUUCCACAAGGCUGUAAUGCAAGCAGUGGUUGGCUCAGAAUCAGAUGUUUCAGCUGCUGACAUACUUGUUCUUGGUGCCCAGCUGGGGUUUUAUUCACAGGAGGAUGUGGAUGAAGUAUAUAAAGCAGAUGGUCAGACACAAACAGAGACUGACAGCUUUAAGGAUGCCAGGUGGAAAGCUACUGAGAAAAUCAUGGCCAACAUUGGACCAGAAGAACAGUGUGAGCUGCUGAGACAAGUUCAGACAAAAAUAGAAAACGGUGUAUCUGUAAAUUGUUACUCACUAAUGAACAACAAAGCCAAACUUUACAGGAAGGACAGCUCUCAUGGAGACCCUGAUGUCAGCCUGCUUCUCCUGGAGAAUGGCUGUGCCUGUGAAAUCAUGUCCGAGGAAUCCAUCAUCCAAGGAGCUGUGGACAAAUUAAAAUCAACAAUUAAAUAUUCUGAUGAGUGUUCAGUGAAGUCAUUGGAUGAGUGUAAGGGAUUUAUUGUGAUCCCCUCUUUUUUGAAAACAUACAUUGAGAAUCAGUUACCAGUUUUUGCCGAGAACGCCUUAAAAGCCAUCAGAAUGACUCAGGGAAGAGAGUACAUGAUUGAGAAAGCACCUGAAGCUGACGCAGGUGGUUUCAGUGAUGCUGACAGUCAUCAGUAUGAUGCCAUAAUUCCUGUGGACUUUGAGGCCAGUGGGGUGUUGGAGAAAAACAAGCGAUGGGGUGACGGCCUACAACAGUUUCUGGAGAUGAAGCACCAGCUGGCCAUUUCACAGCUGUCCAAUGUAACAAAUUACAUGUCAAAUGUCCAUUUCUUUAAAAGGUACCUCAAUGGAAAAGGCAUUUUUGGUGUUUCUGGGACAUUAGGGGGGCAAGCUGAGAAAGUAUUUCUAGAACGGCAUUACAAAACAGCAAGCUAUGUCAUUCCAGCUCACCGCCAUAAAAAGCUUGUUGAGUUGCCAGCAGUUCAGGUGAGUGGAGGCAACACUCAGUGGAUCCAGGUGAUCUGUGAAACUACACAGAGAGCUGCAGACAGAGGCCAAGUUGUUCUUAUCAUUUGUGAAGAUGUUAAAACUGCAGAUGAGCUGAAGACAAACAUGCAUGUUCCAGAAAGGCAAGCCAAUCAGCGAGAAGCACAACAUCGAGAAACAGAACUUUAGCCGGGGAAACAUUAUCAUUGCUACAAACCUCGGUGGCCGUGGGACAGACAUACACGUUCAGCAGGACGUAAACGAGUGUGGAGGUCUCUUUGUGCUCCUCACAUACUUUCCUAGAAGUCACCGUGUGGAGCGA